AUGGCAAACACGUUCAUUAUCCAGGCACUAAUUGCUCUGGUGGGAUUUCUUGUCUACCACCAGGUUUUCCGGAAAUCUAAGAAGAAUCUUCCCCCUGGGCCAAAAGGCCUCCCAUUAAUCGGCAAUAUCCUCGAUCUCCCUUCGAAAAGCACCCCCGAUCAUGAACAUUGGAAGUCAAUCAACGAUAAAUAUGGACCGAUUGCUUCCGUCACUACAUCUUCCGGACGCCCUGUUUUACAGUUUGCCAAUUAUUGUGGCUUUGGAGAAUUUAUCUCCCUGCAUCAGUUGGAAAAGCGGUUUACUUCCCAGCGGAAAGUUAUGCACAAGGCCAUUGGUACCAAGGUUCUGGCGACCAAGUAUGCGGAAAUACAAGAGCGAGAAGCUGGACGGCUGUUGCUUCGAACACUAAAAGAUCCUCAGAAGAUUGUUAAGCACUUUGAAACUGAAGCCGGCGCGAUUAUUCUCAAAAUCGUAUACGGCUAUACCGUCAACCCUCAUGGAUCCGACCCCUUAGUUGGGUUGAUUGACCGCAUGAUGGCCAACUUCUCGCGUGCUUCCGUUCCGUUUACACGACUUGUCGAGUUUAUACCUGCCCUGAAAUGGCUUCCCGAUGGCUUCCCUGGCACAGGCUUCAAGGCUGAGGCCAACCAGUAUGGCAAAGAAAUCCGCGCCGUCAUCAACGAACCUUAUAAAUUUGUACGCAAACAAAUGAUUGACCAUAAUCUUACGGGUUCAUAUGUCGCGAGGCUUGUUCAGGAGUGUAUUGAUGAUGCGGAUGAGCCGAGCGAAGCUGACGCAUAUACUAUUAAAUGGUCUGCUGCUGCUUUAUAUGGAGGUGGAGCGGACACCACUGUCUCAACUCUCAUCGGCUUCAUCCUAGCCAUGACCAUGUUCCCCGAAGCCCAACGCAAAGCCCAAGAGGAAAUCGAUAGAGUGACUGGCGGCACUCGUAUACCUGUGCUUGCUGACAUGGAUCGGAUGCCAUAUGUUGCAGCGAUGGUAUCUGAAGCACUUCGGUGGUGCCCAAUCCUACCAAUGGGUGUCCCUCAUGCCAUGGCUGAGGACAUGACAUACAAAGGCUACGACUUGCCAAAAGGAGCUUACAUAUUUCCAUCCAUAUGGAGCUUCACCCACGACCCUGCUGUUUACGCUGACCCGGACACGUUUGCCCCUGAACGCUUUCUCUCGCCGCGAAACGAGCCCGACCCACGAUGGACAGUCUUUGGCUUUGGAAGAAGAGUGUGUCCCGGAAGAUAUCUUGCCGACUCUUCGCUGUUUCUCAACUUGGCGUACCUCGUAGCCGUUUUUGACAUCAGCAAGGCGACAGACGAACAGGGCAACGCGAUUGAGCCAAAGUUGGAUUUUGAGGCGGGCAUUAUUGCGAAGCCGAAGCCAUUCCCGUUCAAGAUUACACCAAGAAGUAAGAGGCAUGUAGAGUUGAUUAGGAAUAUUGAGAAGGAGCAUCCCUGGGAGGAGAGUGAUGCCUCUCUGCUCGGUGAAUUGCCGCCUCCAUCACAUUGA